AUGUCGUGGUGCCCUCCUGCACUUCCUGUCCUGUCCUGUCCUGCAAUGGUCGUCAAGGUACGCACUAGGAAGGUUCUCCAGACAAACUGUAACGAAGUGUGUCACCUCCUUUAUGUCAAAUGCACUAAUCUUAAACUAAAAAUAGCAGAUCAUAAAUCUAAAAUCCUCUUGACCCCUAAGAAAGGCAGAUCGCUUGCAGGACGCCCUGCGAUCAAACUAAAUGGGCAGAGAAUUAAAAUUGUGAAUACCUUGAAAUAUCUGGGUGUCACUUUUGAUACUAAAAUGACGUGGAUCCCCCACAUUCAAGAUCUCAAGCUAAGAACCAGUGCUAUAGUUAAGCAAAUGCGCCAGUUUUAUGGUUAUAAGUGGGGACUCAAUCCACACAUACAAAAAGUGUUAUAUACGACAGUAGUGGAAAAGAUAGCUACAUACGCAGCAGCAGUUUGGUGCCACCCAAUGCAGGGCAGGAAGAUUAAACAUCUUUAUACCAUACAACGGCCCUUCGCAUUGGGCAUUACAAGGGCCUACCGUACAACCUCAUCGGAUGCUCUUAAUGUAUUAGCUGGUCUACUCCCACUACACAUACGAGUUGAAGAAGAGGCGGCCAGACAGAUUAUACUGCAACUCAAAAAGCCAACUGUGUUUGACGAGGAAUACUUCCAUCCGGAAGAAGAAUAUGAAGUCAUUGAUCGACCACUGCAUGUCCACCCAGCGAGCAAAGGCACUGGUGUCAAAGUCACCAUCAACCCGUCUACGACUAAUUCCCCAACACUAUUUAACAUCUUCACCGACGGCUCCAAAAUCGAUGAAAAAGCGGGAUGCUCAUACAUAGUCAUGCGACAUGAUACAAUUCAAGCAAGAUGGAAGGCACAACUGCGGCAGCAUAACAGUGUUUUUCAAGGAGAAGCGAUAGCAAUUGCCCAAGCAGUUAACUAUUUGCUCUCCUCUAACAUCCAUAAUGCCACCAUCAAAACCGACAGUUUGUCGUCGUUGCAUGCCAUCAUGAACCCCAACCAUGUCAGUAAAAUAAUACAGGGCAUUCAAGCAAAUCUGCGCCAAUGCAACCUGCACAUCAAGCUUGAAUGGAUCAAAGCACAUGCGGGUCAUCUCGGAAACGAGAUGGCGGACCAACUUGCCAAAGAAGCGGCGUUAGGCCCGACAGAUUUGCAGUUCAAUAUCCCAUGGCCGGUCACAUUUCUAAAGAAGUCACUACGACUUAAAGCCAUUGGCAAGUGGCAACAAGAAUGGGAUGACAGUACCACUGGAAGACGUGUCCACUACCACAUCAGCUAUGUGGACACAGAACGGAACAUUGCCAAUUCACAGCUGGUUAGGUACAUUUCGGGACAUGGACCUUUUCCUGUAUACUUCUACCGAUUUGGCAUCUGUUCCUCAGAUCAAUGUACGUGUGGACACACAGGCUCCCCGGAGCACUACCUAACUUCUUGUCCACUCACAGAGGGACAACAUGUUCCUAUACCAACGACUAACAGACAGUCAUUUUGUAAAUUCCUUAUUAAGCAGCGCCACUUAAUCCAAAAAAUUGGACGUAUGAUGGAUAAGCUGGCAGACCUAAACACAGACUUAUGCCAAAUAUAG